AUGACAGAUGAACUGAUUAAUUAUAAAGAUGAAUUAUGGAGGAAUGACACCAUUAGUGUGGGCGGCUGGGAGAGGACACCUGGAGGUGGUGAGGUACCUCGUCAGUCACGGCAGUCAGUUGGAAGGACACCAUUAAUGAGGGCCGCUGAGGGAGGACACCUGGAGGUAGUGACGUACCUCGUCACUCACGGCAGUCAGUUAGACGCUAUAGACACCACCAGGGAUGGAUGGACACCAUUAAUGUGGGCGGCAGGGAGAGGACACCUGGAGGUGGUGACGUACCUCGUCUCUCAGGGCAGUCAGUUAGAGGUCACAGACACCUUGAUUGGAAUGACACCAUUAAUGAGGGCCGCUAUGGGAGGACACCUGGAGGUGGUGAGGUAUCUGGUCACUCAGGGCAGUCGGUUAGACGCUACAUCCUCGAAUGGAUACACAGCUUUACAUCAUGCUGCUGGGAAUGGACAUAUUGAUGUUACAAAAUUGUUAUUAGAUCAAGGAUGCAGUCCUUGGGUGAAAACAGAAAUGGGUGAGACUCCUUAUGAUAUGGUAACAAUGGAAAGCUAUGAUUCUGAAGAGAUAAAAAGGAAGAAGAAAGAAGUGAUGGACUUCCUAAAGACUGCCAUGUCAAAGACAUCCCCAGAAUUGACUCAUGACAACCAAUCACAGGAAGCUGCAGCACCAGUAGUUGGAGAUGAAGUUCCAACUGAAAUAAAAUCAAUGACAGACAAAAGAUCUGUUGAAUUGUACCUUAAAUUACUUGAGUCAGGAUCUGAGAAAAAGAGAGACAUACGUUUAGUAAUUGUUGGGAAAAAGGGUGCUGGAAAGACUUCAUUGAUUAAAAGAUUGUUUGGUGAAGAUAAUACAGAUGUUACCAGUACAAAUGGAAUAGAAAUCCGCACAAUAAAAUGCAAGGCAAUGUCGGAUGAUGGCGUGUGGAAUAAAUUAGAUGGAACCAAUGAAGAAGCUGAAAUUCACGCACGACUAUUGAAACAAUACAAAGGAACAAUUGAAAAGUCAGUAGAAGACGAAACACAUGAAGCUGUGACGAACAACACCCUCAUAGAAUCAAAGGUAUCAGAGACAGUAUCUGAAAUACCUCCAGUAUACAGUGAAUCUACAGUUAAACCUCAAGUAUCCACUGAAUCUACAAUUAAACCUCCAGUAACCAAUCAGCAGCCAAAUCAAUCAAUAGAAGAAGCUAAAAAGGAUAUUGAAACCAUGCUUAAAUCUAAUGUUGAUUUACAUGACAAAGAAGAGUAUGCCACAUUGUUGUUGUGGGAUUUUGCUGGAGAUGAAGAAUUUUACCACACACAUCAAACAUUUUUGUCACCAGAUGCAAUUUAUCUUGUUGUUACAAAGCUCAGUGAAGCCGACGACAAAAAAGCAAAAGAUUUAUUCCAAUUAUGGAUGGAUUCAAUACACUGUUACAGUAGAUUGGAAGAGGACAGAAAUAAAUCUGAUGUCAACAAGAGAACAUCAGAUGAUCUUGAUCCACCGAUAGUUAUUGUUGGCACUUGGAAAGAUGCCUUGAUCUGUGAUGUAGAAGAGAUUGACGAUGCAUGCAGAGAAAAUAUUUUAAAGUAUACAGAUAAUAUAUCAGACGAUGAACUAGGACAUAUCAGGCACGAAUACUUCAUUUCCAAUACAGAAGAUGAUUCCAGUGUAUUCCAGCAAAUACGAGAAAACAUCCUAAAUUUAGCAAGAACAAUGAGAACAUGGAAUAAAGAUUAUCCUUUAAAAUUUAUUCAGCUUGAAAAACGACUUCAAGAAAAGAAGAAGGUGUUACCUAUUAUUUCCUUUCAAGAAAUUCAGAAUAUUGCUAUUGAUACAUCUCAGCCACUUAAUGAUAAAGAACUAAAAUUGUUCCUGGAAUUUCACCAUGAGAUCAGAGCCUUAGUUUAUUUCAAUGAUCUUCCUUCUUAUAUUAUUUUAGACACACAGUGGUUGUCUGAUGUUUUUAGAUGUAUUGUCACAGCCAAAAAAUUUAGUGCUAUUAGCAUAAGAAAUAAAAACAAAUGGAAAGAGUUGUAUAGCAGAGGCAAAUUGCAUAGCGAGGUUUUAGACGACAUAUUUAGAAAAAGUGAAGGCAUUUUUUCCAAACACAAGGAUCAUAUCAUGAAUGUAAUGGAGAAAUUUGAUAUCAUUAUACGUCCUAACACAUCCGAAACUCAAAGAGAUGCUGGUGAUAUCAAACCUCUCUAUUAUCUACCCUGUAUGAUUAAAUCAGAACCCGAGUGUGAUAUAUACGAAAUGUUUAAUGUGACGGAAAACGUAUGUACUAAGUCUACCUGGUUAUGUUAUCAGUUUAGGUUUCUACCACCCCAUUUAAUGAAUCAUUUAAUUGCGUCACUGUGCAGGAAAUAUAACGUUGCAGAAGUUGUCACUAAGGAACAGAAAAGACAAAUUACUCUUUUCAGAAGCUCAGCUGUCUUUGAGUUACAGAAAACGACAAAAAUGAGAAAAUUACUUAUUAUGAAAGGUCCAAAUGUUAUUCAAAUUCAGAUUUGGCAGUUUGGGAAGAAAGUUGAAAGAGGUUUGUUCAAAUACAUUGCAGACUUUGUGACACAGGAAAUAAUCAAGUUAAUAAGUACAAGAUUCAAGAUGUCCAAUGUAAGAUUUGAGUUGAAGUGGGAAUGUGGCCAAACAAAACCAGAGUGUGUGACAGGAUCAUUUGAUUUAAGUGAAGAUCAGGAAAACAAAUAUUAUUGUGAGACAUGUACUGCUAUACACACAUUCACUGGUGAAUGGUCAGAUCUACAACAUAAAACAUCUGAUAGUUCUGAAAAUGUUCCCAGAUCUAAUCUUUAUAUCGAAAGCUCAAGCCAAACCCAAACUACAGUUGAAUCCACCAAGGUACGUGUCCGUGUCCAAGCUGGUGAGAGGGUGUUUUCGAAUGUCAAUGAAAGGGCAACAGGAACAGCCAUUUCGGCACGGUUCACAGAAGAGGAAAUUAAUUUUACAAAGAUGGGAAUGAUAGCAUUGAAUAUUUUUGCGGAUGUUUUAUAUGAUUUAUUAAAACCAGAUAAACCACAUCUACGUCAAAGGUGUGAUUGUGAUAUAACAUACUUAUACAGUGAACACAGGAAACUUAAUAAACAUGUUCCAAGUAAUUCAAACCACCGACCAUGUCCUCCUGGGCCAUGGGGAGGAUGUUGGCAAGAUUUUAAGAAUACGGACAUAGCUAUUGGAGAUGAUAUUGAGCGCAUAAGACUUACAAGAAACGAAUUACAACAUUCUAAGAAAUUUAAACUUGACGAAAUACGUUUCAAUGAAUUAAGUAAUAUAUCAAGUGAGCUUUUAAAAAGAUUUGAUCGCCAUAACACACCAACAAGGCUGUAUACAGAUCAUCUGAAGGACAUUCUGGCUAAAACUAUUUCUGGAGAGGAAGUGAAAUCAAUUGAAAAUGAAAUAUCAGGGAUGACGAUUGAAGUUGAAAUUGAGCACUAAAUCAAUGUUUAACCACAAUAGACAUGCUAGAGAAACAUAUCAUAAGAAGCCCACAGUCUACCAAAGUAACAGAUUUGAAGUCGAUCAUCUAUAAUAGAAACAUAAAUCUGUCAAAUUCAGGUUGAAACUAUCUAUUCAUAAAACUAUAGACAACAAGAUGAAGAAUGUGAACCAAGUUGAAAAUAUUGGACUAAGGUUAAAGAUUUAACCAAUAUGUGACUGUAUAAUUACUGGUUUUUCCAGAAAUAUUCACAUGCAGCAAAUACUGUAAUAUUAAUAUUGCUAAUAACAUACUACUCAUAUAAUCGCUAUUUACAUACUUUAAUAAUAUGUGUGAGACUUUAUAAACUUGUAUCUAUAAGUAUCUUUACAGUGAAAUCAAGAAAACUUGUAUAGUGCCGUGAGAAACAUAAGACAAAACAGGAAAGCAUGUUCUCUUUGUUUUUCAUGAGAAAGAUAUAAGAAAUAUUUGUCCAUAAGGGCAUCAGAUGUUGAUGCUAUAUAUAUAUUCACAGCUUUAUUAUCUAGGCACCCCUUUAUGGCUGGAAUAUUGUUUUGUUAUGUGUUUAUCCCAGAUUUGUUUUACAUAUAUCCACCGUCUUAUUUCAUUCAUAAUAAAAGUAAAAUUUA